GAUCACUUCCGCCUGGCUGCAGGAACAAGAAGCAGGAGCAUCUCUUCCAGCGAGCAGCUCCUUGUCCGUGUCAUGGAGAGCAGAUGAGCCGCCCCUGAGAGGCUCUGCACCAGCGACCAGCGUCUCCACAGGAGCGAGGGCAGGAGACACUCGCCGAGGAGGCUGUGAGGACUGCUGAAGAUGUCCGAUAGUGUGGAUAUUGAAGAGAAACCUCCAGCCCCCCCUCUUAGAAUGAACAGUAAUAACCGCGAUUCUUCAGCGUUAAAUCACUGCUCGAAACCACUACCCAUGGCACCCGAGGAGAAGAACAAGAAGGCCAGGCUGCGCUCUAUUUUCCCAGGAGGGGAUAAAACCAACAAAAAGAAAGAGAAGGAGCGUCCAGAGAUCUCCCUCCCUUCAGACUUUGAGCACACCAUCCAUGUUGGCUUUGAUGCGGUGACGGGCGAGUUCACUGGAAUCCCAGAGCAAUGGGCUAGAUUACUGCAGACCUCAAAUAUUACCAAACUGGAGCAGAAGAAGAAUCCUCAGGCUGUGUUAGAUGUUCUCAAAUUCUACGAUUCCAAAGAGACUGUGAACAACCAGAAGUAUAUGAGCUUUACAUCUGGAGACAAAAGCGCACACGGAUAUAUAGCUGCUCACUCUUUGAACACAAAGACUGCAUCAGAGCCCCCUCUAGCCCCUCCUGUCUCCGAGGAGGAGGAUGAAGAAGAGGAAGAGGAGGAGGAGGAUGAGCCCCCACCUGUAAUAGCCCCACGUCCUGAACAUACAAAAUCUAUUUAUACGCGGUCUGUAAUUGAACCAGUAGCUGUACCUGUACCAGCUAAAGAGGCCUCGACUUCCCCAGUAACCACCCAACCAGAAAACUCAAGCACGAGCACUUUGUACAGGAAUACCGACCGACAACGCAAAAAAUCCAAGAUGACAGAUGAAGAAAUCCUGGAGAAAUUAAGAAGCAUUGUAAGCGUGGGUGAUCCCAAAAAGAAGUACACGAGGUUUGAAAAGAUUGGCCAAGGGGCAUCUGGUACAGUGUACACAGCUAUAGACAUUGCUACAGGACAAGAGGUAGCAAUAAAGCAAAUGAACCUUCAACAGCAGCCCAAAAAAGAAUUAAUUAUUAAUGAGAUCUUGGUCAUGAGGGAAAAUAAAAAUCCUAACAUUGUGAAUUAUUUAGACAGUUAUCUGGUUGGGGAUGAGCUCUGGGUAGUGAUGGAGUACCUGGCUGGGGGUUCUUUGACUGAUGUCGUAACAGAAACGUGUAUGGAUGAAGGACAGAUUGCAGCUGUUUGUCGAGAGUGCCUACAAGCCUUGGACUUCUUGCAUUCAAAUCAAGUUAUACACCGAGAUAUCAAGAGUGACAACAUAUUGCUUGGGAUGGAUGGAUCAGUUAAACUUACUGACUUUGGUUUCUGCGCUCAGAUUACGCCUGAGCAAAGUAAACGUAGCACAAUGGUGGGGACACCUUACUGGAUGGCUCCUGAAGUGGUGACGAGAAAAGCCUAUGGACCUAAAGUGGACAUUUGGUCCUUAGGAAUAAUGGCCAUAGAAAUGGUUGAAGGAGAACCGCCUUACCUUAAUGAAAACCCUCUCCGAGCGUUGUACCUGAUAGCAACCAAUGGAACUCCAGAACUGCAAAAUCCUGAGAGACUGUCAGCUGUUUUCAGAGAUUUCCUCAACCGAUGCCUAGAGAUGGAUGUGGACAGAAGAGGUUCUGCCAAGGAGCUUCUACAGCAUCCAUUUUUAAAACUAGCCAAGCCUCUUUCUAGUCUGACUCCAUUGAUUAUAGCAGCAAAGGAAGCCAUUAAGAACAGCAGCCGCUAGCUACGCCGGACUCGAGCUGUAGCCUUCACGUGAGAACACAGAACUCAGCAGAAUCUGCAAACCUCAUCCCCUCACAGCAGGAUUAACCAGCUACUGUCCUGGGGAAACUUACCCCACCAUGAUGCACCUACUCGUGUCUUCUUCUACCUGCCCUCUUGGAUUCCUCAAACUCCAAUUUUAUUUUUUAUUGUAAGUAGGAACAGGACUUAAAAUUCUACAUGGCACGUUACAAAGAAAUGGUGCUGCACGUCCGCACGUUAAUCCGCUGCAGAAACUCUCCGUAGAUGGGUUCUUUCAUAACGGACGAUUCAUUUUCUGUCUGGUUACUUCUUUGCUUUGUAUUAAAAGAGAAAAAAAAACUGAAAAAAAAUGUUUCUGCAUCUCCAAAUAUGCAGCAUCUGUAACAGGUCUGAUGGUCUUUGUAGGCCUCGAAUCCCCCUUAUUCUCCUGGUCUCCCGUUCCUGUUUUUCACCACAGGGUCUGUUUACUUACGGUACAAUUUGCAUGUAAGAGCAACCAUUCAACAAGGGAAGGUACAUUGUGUUGUCCAUGACGCAGCCAGAUUAGAUCAUACAACAUGGAGACCAUUGCGCCUCCGAAGAAGCAUUGCAGAGGUUAAUAAAGAGGAAGGAAUAUGGCACAAAUAUUGUCUGGAAAUAUGUGGCUCAGUUUGAUACUGUUCACCCUUCUUAGUGCUGUUGUUUUAGCAUAUAAGAAGAUUUUUGUGGCCAAACGUUCACUUUUAAAAGAUAAUCAAUAGGCACCUAUAGUCUACAAACUCAGGGGACGCAGCCAUCUUGGGCUUGGGUUUUCCAGGUUGUUAAUUGCCUAGGGGUAGAAAUUAUAUUUAUAUAAUACGCUACCACACCAGUCACGAAGUGGGUCAGUGAAGUUACAAAAUGGCUGACGACACCAUGUAUAGGCUGCAUGCAUUGUGUGAAGGUGACUCUUUGGUGAAUCAUGCUAAACAGCAAUUAAAAAAUUCUCUAAUUGUUAUUACUUUUCAUUUUUUUUUUUUUUAUUAAGCACCAAAGACAAAAAUAGGCUAAAAAAUGUGUAAUUAUCCACCUACUGAAAUGCUGUACCUUUUUUGUCAUAAUUUGAGGAAUUCCUGUAUCAAAAUGGUCUUGUCUCCUACUGCAGCAGAUCAUACAAGGAUGAAAGAAUGUUCCCAGAAAGAUCGUUCAUCCAUCGUCUGGUUUCAUUGAAUGUGUAUGGGCCUUUGAACAACUGUAAAGGCCAGCAUGGACUAAACUAUUUAUGGCUAUGUCUGUGAAAGGAAGGUUCACCAGAUGUUUUUUCAACUGCUUUUCGACCAUCAACUAACCUCUAGCUGUAAUGUGUAGGGGAACCAUUAGUGCCAUGUUAGUUCUGCCAGAUGAUUAGGUGGGUGGUAUAAGUGACAGAACGUAGAGCUGAAGUCAUCCAGGAGGCUUCUAGAACUAGGGGUUAUCUCCUGGAAGAACUGGCAAGUCCUCCUACUGUAUAUAGCGCAUUGAGAGCUGCUUGCUCUUGGAAAGCAGCUCUCCUUAGGACAUAGCCUGCAAGGGAAAGGGGCAUGGACUUUGAAAAAAGUGGUAUGUCCACAGCAAUGUGUUGGCAAGUAUGGAUGAAGUUUAAAAUCUAUUGAGCUACAGUAAAAAUAAAAAAUUGUAACAUCUUCAACUGACGGAUGUUACUUAGACCAUUAUGUGAAAAGGAUGAGCUGGAUUUAGUCCCAUAAUCGUUAAUCGAUCUCCAUAUUCAGUACUGCAGGGAAUGAAGACGAGCUCAUAGUAGAUAUCAUAUACAACGUCAUUGUGUAUAGUUUGGCAGGGCAUGGACAGGCCCGCUCCACGGUCGCAGGAGCAGUUGAUGCUAUGCAGCUCUCCCCUAUGGGUCAUAGCGUAAAGGGGUCCUUUUUUUUUAAUUUUUUUAUUCUAGGGCAGUGUAGAACAAAAUUCAAUCUAUUGUUGCUUAAUGUAAUAUUUUACAGUUAAAAUGAAACAUAGAAGGAGUUACUCUUAUUGUAAGGGUUAAUCUGCAAGGUAUACUGGAAUUUUAUUUGGAAUAGCACAAAGAGAAGAGCAUGGCAGUUUUAAAAAGGUGAGCGAUAUCUUGAAGACGGUACAAAAUGAAAAAGAUAAAAAUAAAAAGGAUUUUUAGAUCUUGGAUGGUACGUUUUGUCUGGAAUCUUCAUAUUCCCACUUGUGUACCGUAUUUGCUACCGGUACAUUUUAGGCUAUGGCCACACAUAGCAGCUGCUGUGGAUUUUGCCUCAUUUUCAGAAAUUCCACAUUUCACAUGAGUUUUGCUGUGUAUUUACUGCAAGUUUCAACCUGUGCAGAUUUAAAUCUGCACCACAGGUCAAUUUAUGUUGCAGAUUUUUUUCGCAAUGCUUGAAUGUGAUUUCUUUCCAUCUCAUUCACUUUGCGGAUUUGCAGCGCAGAUGUUUCAUCCUAUAUUUAUUUAUGACUUAUUUUCUUAUGUUUCUUUUAUUUGGUUCUUAUUAUGCUAUGUUCUGCACAGUUCUGUAUUGUUUGAAUGUUCGGCUUUGCUUAUUUUUUUUAUUUCCGACAUAGAUUGCAGGCUUUCUAUGAGAAUCAAAAGAAUGAAAAUGACACCAAAAAGGGCAGGAGAAAGCAGCCAGACCAAAUUCUCUAAAAUAUUUCCUGCCUGUCCCGCUAUGACUGUGGUAGAGCACUAUUCUUUAGUCAUGUGAGCAGCUCUCUCCGCCCCAGAGGUUCUGAUUUCUGUUUCAUCACUGUUAACAGCCCGACAAAUGUGGAGUUAUGACAUGAUUGGUGGAAAGUGAAGAAAGCAGCAAUCUAAACAGUUCCAAUAUUGCUGUUAACAGAUCUGCUUUAAUAUAUUGCUUUCCACAUUCUAGACCUCAGGAACAGUCAAAGCACUUUGAUGUUCCUUAUGGAUAAGUUGUAAUAAAACUUAGAAAAAUAGAAGAAUGGUACUGUAUCUGGAAAUUUGCCUGUUUCCAGUUCAUUUAGAUUGGUUAUUUACCAGUAAAAUGCUGGUAAUGUUGAAG